AUGGCUGAAUCGCACAAACAGACUAUUGAGCAACUUAUGCAAACAAUCAAUGCUCAUCAUGUUAAUCAUUUGGAUAAAACUCUUGAUGAUAAUGCUGUAAAAACUGUUAAUUCAAAAACUGUUUAUACAAAUAUUCAAGAAGCUCGAGAAUAUUAUACAAUGUACCAUGAAGCUAGUCCAUCAGCUCGAUGGGAACUUGUUAAUUAUCAACAAGAUAAUCAAAACAAUAAUAAAGGACAAGGAACAGUUGCUCAUAAUAAUCAUACAUAUAAUACAACAUACACGUUUAGUUCAUCUGGAAAAAUUCAAAAAAUUGAUGCUCAUCUUCAAUAA